AUGUCCGCCCUUGGGGUCAGGCCUCUCUGCUGUCUAUGUAUCUACAAAGCACCUCAUAGAGUCAUAGACCUUCUUCUCCAACGACAAUAUCCGGCGCCCACACAUAAACAAGCAGAACCAGACCAGACCUACCUAGUCGGAGAUUCCCAGAUGGUGAGCGUCAACUGGCAUAUUGCGUCGCAGCUUAACAAACUAGCCGCGUCAGGGUAA